AUGGCCGACACCGGCUCUGUUGUCAGCACGACUAGUAGCAGCGAUGGACGACGUAGUUUCUCUUCACCUUACACAGCACACACGCUCGAUCAGAUACCGACGCCCAUGCUCAAGAUGCUUGUGGGACUGGGUCCCGUCAUUCGACAAUGUGUACAGCUCAUUGAAAUCGUCACAUGGCAAUCGUCUCGUCCUCAAGUAUCCGUACUUGCUGUGCUCUUGUGGAUUUGUUGUUGUUGUUGGACGACGACUGUAUUAUCCUUGGGUGUACCGAUCCUUGUUUUAAGCAAGCUUUGCCGAGACUGGUUGCAGGCGAAAACCACUCGACUACGACGAGAGAAGCUGGAGCAAGUGCGAAUGGCAGAGCGAGAAAAGAAUCAAGCACGUGAUGAUGCGAGUGACGACAAUGACUAUUAUGACGAUGAUGAGGAUGAUACACGAAUGCGUCGACAAAGGAAACGACAACAAGAAGAAGACGAGUUGGUGUCACGGAAGAUACAACCUGAAGGUCGAGUCUCGUUGGAUGAUACUUUGCAUGAUUUGGCCAUUAUCAAUGAAUAUGCAGAUGGCGUACGACAAUGGUGUGGAUGGUGGGCUGAAAGAUUGGAUGGAUCAAGACCCGAAGUAUUGGCUUCUGCUCUUAGCGUGUUUAUGUACAUAUGCCCGCUUUGGAUCCUGUUCAACUGGUUAUUGGGUCCUAGUGGUGUCUUUGCUCUGUUGGGAACAUUGUUCUUAAUUGGCUCGUCUCCUUGGUUCAAAGUCACUCUCAUGGCCAUACGUCAAAGUCCUUUCAUUAUGCAUAUCCUCGCUGCGCUUUGGGCAUAUGGUGUUGCUGUGGUUCUUUCAUUAUUGUCUCUUGUUUUGCCCUUACAACAACCUCUUCCUCAAAAACAAUCCAAAUUUGGCCGUGUCAAGGGAUGGAUCAUGGGUCUUGCCGAGCAUGCUCGUCACAAGAAAUCAAAGGCAUUACACGCUAUCCAAUCAGAAAAUGAAGAUGACAACAAAGCUACAACGUGCGGGACACGCAGCGAGAUGAUCUUUCAAUUUGAAGUUUACGAGAACCAGCGAUGGUGGCUCGGUAUGGAUUGGACAACCAACAUGAUGCCAACUGAACGUGGACCAUGGACUGAUAAGCAGCUGGUGGCUAUUGAAUCUAAGGAAAAGUUUGUGCUUCCAGCAACAAAUGAGUCUGUGGAGAUCAUCCAACCCACAAACAAGAAUGGCAAAUCAAUCAAGGUGACAACCAGGAAAACAUGGGGAUGGGCCGACCUCGAUUGGUGGGUGGAUAUGACUGGCGAGCUGCAAGGCAGUGUCGAUCGUAAUGGAUGGGAGUAUGGCAAUAAUGCAUGGAAGCAAAUGAGCGGCAAACCUGGUAUGCAGACCUUUACACGUCGUCGACGAUGGUGUCGUAGAGCACGUUUGGUGGAAAGACGCUUUGAGGAAGAGAUCCAUGAUGUCAAGUCAUCGUCAUCCGAUACCAAUGGCUUACGAAAACGUGCCUAA